GGUAAGAGCAUGAGAGAGUAGCGAUUGUGCUACAGUCGCACCGCGACACCCACACGAGUUGAACCACGCGCGCUGCACCAAAUCGGGUUAACGAUAACUCGUGCUUGUGCCCUCUCGUCCCUCCGCUCAAUCUCCACUUCACAUUUCGUUGUAUAUUUAACGAAACGAUACUUCCAACGGUUUCGCCUUGUCUGAGCUCCGAAACCGGAAGAAACGAUUCCCUCGAAGCUCCCUGUUCUGGCAAGCAAACGAACUUGUCGCGUGUUCAGUUAACGCGGGUUACAGUGCUCGUCUGUUUAAAUUUCACCGGAUCCUGGCGCUUGGCGAAACGCGGGGGGGGAUCCUUGCGCCGAAUUCUUGGAAUCUUUGAUGACGACGAGGAUUGAUCCGACGGGGAAUAAUCGUCCUCGAGUCGGCGAAUCGGUUCGGUGUACCAGCUCCCGGAAACCCCUUCCCGAAGACCGCAAGCUAUCGAGAGCCAGCCACUAUUCUGAGCUUUUAUAACAAAGCCCUUUCCAGUUCGAACGGUGUUGGAGCAGCCGGGAAAACGCGGUUGACCGAAAUACCCGCACGCUCCCCGCACUGGGUCAUUCGAUAUUUGCAGGCUUCGAUGAGAUCGAGCGAGACGCAGAGACCAAGCAACGCAUAAAAAAGACUGCUUCAGACCCAUGGCAGCGCGAGCCACGAUCGCCGGAAUCCUCGCAGCGUUACUGCAGAUUUGCUCAUGUCAAAUAACUACAGAAGUUCAGCCCGAAUUCCCUUACCCGUUGGAGAACCACACGGUAAUACAAGGCCGCGAGGUCGCGUUCACAUGCACCGUGAAUCAUCUUCAAUCCUACAAGGUUGCCUGGAUAAAGGCCGAUACCAGGGCCAUUCUCGCGAUCCAUACGCACAUGGUCGCCCACAAUCCGAGACUAUCGGUUACCCACAACGGCCACAAUACAUGGAUGUUGCACGUAUCGAACGUACAAAAAAACGACUCUGGCACGUACAUGUGUCAGGUGAACACCGAUCCGAUGUUGAGUCAGAUGGGCACGAUGAAAGUGGUAGUCCCACCGGACAUAAUGGACGACGAAUCCUCGGACGGCUUGGUCACUCGAGAGGGUGGAAAUAUCACCCUUCGUUGCAUCGCGACUGGCGUGCCAAAUCCAACGGUCACCUGGAGACGGGAGGACGGUCGAAACAUCGUGAUACGCGAGGAUGGACAAAAACAAUCGCGCAAAACAUUGGAUGGUGAAACGCUGAAUUUGACAGGAGUCCUCAGACACGAAAUGGGCUCGUACUUGUGCAUUGCGAGCAACGGCAUUCCUCCAACGGUCAGCAAACGCUAUUCCGUUCAAGUCCACUUUCAACCGCUUAUCAAAGUGACGAACCAACUGGUCGCGGCGCCAAUAAACAGCGACGUCGUUCUCCAAUGCUACGUCGAGGCGUCACCGCGCUCGAUGAAUACGUGGCUGAGAGACAAAGGCGACAGAUUAUUGCCGAGUGAUAAAUACACCAUGACGGAAUUCUCUCUGAGCGAGUACUCGUGGCAAAUGAAUCUGACGAUUCACAAUCUCGAGAGGGUCGACUUCGGGGGCUACGCUUGCUCGGCCGUAAAUGCCCUCGGGAACGCCGAAAACGUAGUUCGUUUGCAAGAAAUGGAAUUACCGACGAAAACAACGCCAGGAACGAUGUACAAAAACACCGACACGAGGCAACGGAAAAAAUACGGAAACACUCGAAAAAAGCCGAACAGAAGACCCCACGAGAAUUCGGAAGGCGCCGGGGAUGCGAGUUACCACGGUAACAACGACGAGUUCGGAACGACCCAAAUAAUGGGCGGAAGCACGAAGGAGGGUCACAGGACCGAGAGGCCUCCGACCUUGCCGUCGUUGUCGCCUCCGUGGGUCAUAUUGAACGGCGCCAGUCCGAGACGAGCCUCUAGAAUCUUGGAUAACGAAAUUUUGCCCCUCUUACUUCUCUCCGCGAGUCUCUUGCUAUGAACGGAAUCUCGCCGAAAAAAAUCUCGCCGAAAAUACGUUGUUACGAGGCCGUUGUGUCCGCCGCGCCGUGACGCAACAACUCGAUGAAGCGGAGCGAACGAAUCGGUUCUUCGACGGCCGAAGCUCCUCGUUCGUCUCGUCCCUUCAUCCCUAUCGACUAUUAAUUAUCAUUUGCUCAUUCGAUUCUCGAAAUUUUGGAAAAAUUAUUACGAAACUCGACGACACCGGGGAGCACUGUGAAAUAUGAGAAGGUGAAGUCGGAAAUGAAAGUCCAUUUCGUUCAACACGCGAAGCGAGAAUUUCUCGAAGGGAAACGGAACGAGUUACGCCAGCGAACCUCUGCGCCGCCACAUUCCUACGCUCGCCCUGUUUUACAGACUCGGUGUCAAGCAUUUCCGGUCAGCGAUAAAUAUAUGCGCGGCCAAUCCUAGGCUUAAUAUAUAUUUCUUAUUUCUAGCAGCACCGAUUUUCGACCGAUCGAAUUCGUCUGAUUUAAUCCUCAUUAUAAAAUGUUCGCUCUUAGAUAAAUCGAUUGAAGGAAUCGUCGGAGGUAUAGUGAAUCGGAUUUGCGUUUGUACGACGGGGAAUAAUUGGCAAUUUGUUGCCGCCUGUACAUAGAAACAAGUGAUAUAGCGCUGUAUAGCCAACCGGGUUGUUAGUUCGAAUAUAUUAGAGACGUAGAUUGUACACAAAACGUGAGAAAAAUAAGCGAAUAGUAGGCAUCCAGGCUCGUCGAGGUAGCAAAUAUUUUUUUUCAUCCAGAAGAUUCGUCGUUGACAUUUUAUGGAGAUUGAGCAGACGGGGAAUUCGUUUUCGAGCGUCGUUCCAAAUUCUCUUAAACAAUCAUUUCGAAACUCUACAAAUAUUUAUUUAUCGUGGUGAAAUUGGAAAAAAAAUCGUUCCUUUGCCCUCUGACAAAAGUUGUACGAUCGGUGAAUUCACGACGGAUCACGAACCCCGACACUGGAUCGAUACGAAAAUAAAUACGCGAUUUUCAUGCAACGGCGAAAUAAUCAGCUGACAAAAACGAAUAAAUCGAGGAUUCCGCGCGAGGAUUGACAAGCCCAUGAAAAUAAUGAGACUCGAAUCGUAUUGCUUCCUUCUUGGCUGAGCCUGAAUCGAAUAUAUCGAUGAUCGAAACAUGUUCGAUAUGUACAUUUUCCCACCUGCGACUAAUCAUUGAACUAUUAAAAAACGCAGAUUCAAUUUGCUAAAUUAAUAAAAUACUGAUUAAAGCAAAAUAACGACAAAGAUUUUGGGAGUUUAAAAAGGCAUAACUAAACGUUUUACGAAUAAUUAGCUAAAAAUCUAUAGCCAAUAACUGUAACGGGUCAGAGAAGGGAGAGAGGAACGGAGGGAGAGCCAUGAAAGGAGUUGUGACAAUAAAUACUUUAUUAAAAAAAAAAAGAGAAAACAUAUGUAGAGUACCGCAACGUCGAUACAGAAUUUAUUCAUUUCUAAUCAGUUGAAAAAUAAUAAUUGAUCGUAAGAGUAACCAUCGAUACGUUCUACCGAAACGUUCUUCUUCUUCAUCAUCUUCUUCUUCUUCUUCUUCUUACGCACAAAAAAGCUUUCGUUAAAAACGGCCUAUCAAAAAAUCCGACGAGAGCUGGUCACCGUUCGUAAGCGAAUUAAAUAAAUGAGGCUUUAUUUCCUUAAAAAUUUCUAUGAAAAAUAAGUAGGUUGAUUAUCAGUAAAAAAACAAAACAAGAAUGAAUUCAAGCUGUCGUUUGUUUCGUAUUAAAAAAAAAAUAUAUAUAUAUAUGUCAAAACGUAGAAUAUCUCAUUUAUUUUUGCUUCGGAGGGUGAUGUCUGCCUCGAUUUUCGAGUUGCAUUUUCAUCGGAUUGAAAACAAAAUACGUACGGAAAAAUGCAUCUACCGAACGAAUGUAUGAAAAGAAAUUAUUUGAAGAUAUUGUUGAAACUUAUGAAUUUUUAAGGGCGAUUCGAGGGGGUGGAAUUAUAAUGAUACAUAUACACGGCAACGACACAUAUGAAUCACAUAGGACCAUGCACAUUUUACGUAUGUAAAUACACGACUAUUUAUUAUCAUUGUCAUUACCAUGAUUUCAAUUAAAAUCUUGCCUUUUUUCAUUACGAAACGAAUAAUUUAUUGUUCAUAUAAAAUAUGUAAAUAUCCAUAAGUCAAGUUCGAAUCACGCUAAAGAGUGACUUACGAUUAAUCGAAUUAAAUUGAUCGAGGGUUAGAUUUUAUAUGUGAAAAUAAAAGUUCUGAAAUGUAAAAUACUUAAACGACUUACCAAAACAAAUGGAUUUAUCGAGAAACAAAAACACUGUGUGGUGAAAAAUAACACAAAAAAAGCGAACUUCCAAGCAAGUAUAAAUUGUAUCGCGAUAUCUUUAAUAUAAUCGAAUAAAUGUACUCGUUGCUUGCUUGUUUUUUUUUUUCUUUUUUUUCGUCGAUAUGCAACGAAAUGUUUGGAUGUACGCAGGCUUUUGCAAAAAUUUCACAUUUUGUGUUCGUUCCAAUUGCUUAAUCUGGAAGACUUUCAUUUGUUGCUUUACCUUUCGUAUUACUGUACAUGAUUUUUUUCUCCUGAGAAUUUGUAAAAAUGCGGCCCGAUGUCCUGGAUUAAUUGGGAACGGAAAAUGGAGCAAGCGAAAUAAAUCAUUCAAAAGCAGCUCAAUGCUCUUAUCGUGAUUCCAUCAAAGCCGUAAUUAUUCCGUCAGUGAUUUUUUAAAGCUUCGCUCAACUUGAAAUUUUUCUUCAAAUUCGUACUUAAAAUGAUGGAAAAAUGGUUCUUCCGGAUUCUAAAAAAAACGUACAAAAUGUUUUUCAGACACAUUUGGAUUUGAUAGUUUUUAUUGUAAAAUUUUUUUUUUAUAUUUGAAUUAGAGAAAAAAUUGUAAAUCUACGACCGAAAAUUCCGUUCAUUCUCACUUUCAAAACAGUUUGGACCUUUUUGUCAAGUAUUUUACGCAAAGCUAGAAUUAAAAAAUAAUAAAUAAACACAAAAUCCAACCAUACGAAAAACAUUCGGCAAACGCACUUAAUUGGUCAAAAAAUGACAGCGUAUUGUUGAUUUUUUUUUAAGAGCGCUUUUCCGCAUACGAAUAUCUUGCAAAAGAGAUGAAAUUCAUAAUAUAAAAGGAAAAUAAAACGAGAUAAAAUUUGUAUAUUUAUGCGCGUACACGAAAGAGCUAACACAAAGAAGCGUAGAUUACGUCUCAUCCGGUCGAGUCGCACGCGCUGCAAUACUAGCGAUUAGAGAAACGAAUGAAAAACGAACGAAAAAAAAACGACUAUAUGCAAAAAACGGUGUCUGUGACGUUAUCGAAUAAAAAUGAUGUCGUUUAUCUUUUAUAAAUAAAUUACAAAAGGACAAAAAAAACGUUGUGAAUAUGCUCGGGCUAUCGUCAAGAUGAAAGAAAUAACGAAAUAUUAUUAUUGAACAAAGAUUGAUUGAAUGAAAUUCAAAAAAAUAUUGAGAGAACAAUUGAAACAGAAAUUCUGAAGCGUUGAUGCGAGUAACUGAUAGGAGUUAAGAAAAAAAUUGAGAUAUUACGUAUGAUAUAUUACUCCAGACAAUAAAAUGUUAUUAUCGAUGUUA